GAUGGGUUAUCUGCCCUUGUCUGUGACUUAGAUCAUCCUGCCAUCCGUAGAAACAAAAGUGUCGACCAGUUCCUUGUAAAAUAUGGGAAACCUGUGGACUUUGUCAACAGUUGUCGUAUGAAACAUGCCGAUUUUGAAGUGGUCAAGGUUAUUGGGCGCGGAGCCUUUGGGGAAGUUCAGCUGGUUCGACACAAAUCAACUAGACGGGUGUAUGCAAUGAAACUCCUUAGUAAAACUGAAAUGAUUAAAAGGUCAGACUCAGCAUUUUACUGGGAAGAAAGAGAAAUAAUGGCUAAUGCUAAUAGCCAAUGGAUCGUACAGCUCCACUUUGCCUUUCAAGAUUCCAAAUACCUGUACAUGGUGAUGGACUAUAUGCCAGGUGGUGACCUCGUUAACCUAAUGAGUAAUUACGAUGUGCCUGAGAAGUGGGCCAAGUUUUACUGUGCUGAAGUGGUCCUGGCUCUCGAUGCAAUUCACUCCAUGGGCUUUGUUCACAGGGACGUGAAGCCAGAUAAUAUGCUUCUGGACAGUGGGGGUCAUCUAAAGCUGGCAGAUUUUGGGACCUGUAUGAGGAUGGAUAAGAACAGUGGAAUGGUAAGGUCUGAUACAGCCGUAGGGACUCCUGACUACAUAUCCCCCGAGGUUCUUCAGUCCCAGGGGCGACCUAAUUUUUACGGGAGGGAGUGUGAUUGGUGGUCGGUGGGGGUGUUUCUGUUUGAGAUGUUGGUGGGUGAUACCCCAUUCUAUGCAGAUUCCCUGGUAGGAACAUAUGGAAAAAUCAUGGAUCACAAAAACUCACUCAGUUUCCCCACAGACAUUGAGAUUUCAAAAGAAGCCAAAAGUCUGAUUUGUGCCUUUCUUACUGACAGAACGGAGAGAUUGGGAAGAAAUGGAAUAGAAGAAAUAAAGACACAUCAGUUCUUCAGAAACACGGACUGGACAUGGGAUACAUUAAGACAAGCUGCACCCCCAGUUGUCCCUGAGCUUUCUAGUGAUGUAGAUACCAGUAACUUUGAAGACAUAGAAAAAGAUGACACCCCAGAUGAAUCGUUUGCUGUCCCUAAAGCUUUCGCUGGAAACCAUCUCCCAUUCAUCGGCUUCACCUACAACAAAGAAUACCAGCUUCUAUCUGAAUCUGGUCCCAGUGUUUCAUCUAUGGAUGGAGGAGGGGGAGAUGGAGACAAAAGGUUCAAACAAAUGGAGGAACAGAUCCGCUCACUGAAAGCAGCUAAAGAGGAACUGGAGAAUAGAUACAGAAUGGCUCAGUCUGAUCUAGAAAGACUUAAUAUGGAGGAACCUCGCCUCAGGAAAGAUUGUCAAGAGCUGGAGAAAAAUCUAGUCUUCCUUAAACGUGAUUUACAAGAGAACCAGAGGAAGUUGAACAUGGAGCUGGAACUGAAGAAGAACCUGCAGUCCAUGCUGAAAGACAAAGAGAAACAGUUGGAGGCUGAAAUAAAAUCUCGUAAGGAAGCUUCAAACAGCAGCCAGCAGGUCAACGAAAAAAUCUACAGUCUGGAGAAAGUGAUAUCAGAUUUAAAUGAGAAAAUAAAAACAGAGACAGAGAGUGCCAAUAAAUACAAGAAAUCUUGUUCAGAAUUACAACAGAGGUACAAUAUAUCAGAACAGAGUUACACUGAGCUAAAUAUGAAGUACAAUGAAGUGCUAAGUGCUAAACAGUCCUUACAAAAAGAAGUGCUAGAAUUACAGUCGACAUUAGAACAUGAACGGAGCAGUAAUCGACAGGUGUCCUCACAGACGUCAGAAUUAUCAGAUCGAAUCUCAUCAUUAAUGUCAGAAAAGAGAAAAUCUGAGGAUCGGGAAAAGGAGUUGACCUAUGAACUUCAGAAGGUCAAGGACUCAGUGAUUCGAUUAGAAAAGAGUAAGAGCCACGUAGAAUUGGAGUUGGAGACGUAUAAAAGGAAACUAGAGACGGAAAUCGGCAACCACCAGGAGACCAUUAAAAGGUUUAACGCCGAUAAAAAAGACAUCUUAUUGUCCAAAGAGGAGGCAAGGACCUCAGCCAUCAAUGACAUCCAAGUUAAGCUUGACCAGGAGAAAGCGGCGCGCAUUACCGUGGAAAACCAGCUACUACAGGCCGAGAAAGAGAAAUCGGAACUGAAAGUGGAUCUGCUGCAGAUGACGCAACAAGUAACGGCCGUACAGGGGGAGCUGAAAAAUGAAAAAGAAAAGUCCAAAAACUAUUCCCUUCAAGUAGAGCAGGAAAUACAGAGGAGAAAUUUGAUGCAGGGCGACUUUAAGAGCCAAACCCAUGACCUGACUCGCUAUAAAACCAUGGAGAAACAGCUUAACAAG